CCGUUGGGCACGCCGGGCUGACAUUAUAUCGUUCCCAGGGCAGUGCCUGACCCGUCAGUUCUCGUGACGGCUCCGUCAGGAACUUCAACCGGGGAAAAACACGCCACAACACCGCUGACUCUCACAGCCGCCGGACAGCCACAGGCAUGGCGGACAAGGAAAAACGACAAGGCCUGUACCUAGACCCGUCCAGGGCGUCGUACAACUUAGCUGUCAAUCGGAGUCAGAUCCCCAUGGGCCCCAAAGAGAAGAGACAAGCUAGAAGAAACUUCGUACACUACGUACGAACGAAGUCCCGGCUCCGAGCGGCCAAAGAAGCGGGAGAAGAUAAUGGCGAAGAGCGUCCAGAGUGGACCGGGAAACUGGACUUCCUGCUGUCCUGUAUCAGUUACGCCGUGGGACUGGGAAACGUCUGGCGCUUCCCGUACCUGUGUUACAAGAACGGCGGAGGUGCGUUCCUUGUCCCGUACAUCUUCAUGCUGGCCUUCGCCGGACUGCCUCUGUUCUACCUCGAGCUCGCCUUCGGACAGUUCUCCAGUCUGGGACCUGUCAGUAUAUGGAGAAUAAGUCCGAUAUUCAAAGGAGUGGGAUAUGCCAUGGUGGCCAUCUCCAUGAUGGUAGGGAUCUACUAUAACGUGGUUAUCGCCUACACCCUGUACUACCUGUUCGCCUCCUUCACGGCCACGCUGCCGUGGUUGACCUGUAAUAACCCCUGGAACACGGACGCCUGCAUACAGGACCGGUCUGUCGCGGGGGGCAACGCGACAAACUCGUCCCUUUUCGCAAAUUCAUCCCUCCUCAACACAACCGUCAACCACACGGCUACCAGACCCGUCAGCGCCUCCGAGGAGUACUGGAGAAACGGUGUACUGCAGCUGUCAGAAGGGUUUGACUACCCGGGUGAGGUGGUGUGGUACCUGUGUCUGUGUCUGCUGCUGGCCUGGCUGCUGGUCUUCUUCUGUCUCAUCAAGGGCGUUCAGAGCGCAGGGAAGGUUGUGUACUUCACCUCCACAUUCCCCUACAUCGUGCUGACCAUCCUGCUCAUCCGAUGCUCCAUAAUGGACGGCGCCAUCGACGGCAUAAAGUUCUACGUCACGCCGGACUUCAGCCGGCUACAAGACGCGGAGGUGUGGGGAGACGCCGGUAUCCAGAUCUUUUUCUCUCUGUCCGUGGCGUGGGGAGGGCUCAUCAGUAUGGCCAGCUACAACAAAUUCAGUCAGAACUGCUAUAGAGACUCUAUAAUCGUGUCUGUGACGAACUGCGCCACCAGCAUCUACGCCGGCUUCGUUAUCUUCUCCAUCCUGGGCUUCAUGGCGAAUGAGAUGGGCGUGGACGUCAAGGAUGUGGCAGAUAAAGGAUCCGGUCUUGCCUUCGUGACGUACCCCGAGGCAGUGGCCCGGCUCCCCAUCUCUCCUCUGUGGUCCGCGCUCUUCUUCUUCAUGCUGUUGUCUCUUGGGUUGGGCACACAGUUUGCGAUCAUUCAGACGAUAGUGACGUCAAUCAUUGACGAAUUUCCGGAGAGACUCAUGUCGAAAAGAAUGCUGGUCACUGGGCUGGUCUGCCUCGUCUUUUUCCUACUGGGCAUCCCCUGCAUUACACAGGGCGGGAAUUACAUGGUUGAGCUGAUGAAUGAUUGGUCAGCCGGCUUCAGCCUGAUGAUUAUUGGUCUGGUCGAGUGUAUCGUCAUCGCCUGGAUUUACGGAACGGAGAACUUCUUCCGGGAUAUUGAGAUGAUGAUCGGGUUCAGGCCGAACCGGUGGUGGUGGCUGUGCUGGAAGUUCCUCACUCCUGCCGUCCUUUUGGCGAUCCUGCUGUUCUACCUGAUCGGCAUCAAGCCUGCGAUCUACGGCGGGCGGCUGGAGUUCCCGACCUCAGGCCAGGCGCUGGGCUGGCUCAUGACGCUCACAUCGCUGGUCGUCAUCCCCCUACCGGGAAUCUACUACAUCUGCAAGGCCGAGGGAACAUUCAUGGAACGUGUACGGAGCGUGAUGAAGCCUAUGCCUGAGUGGGGUCCGCAUCUGGAGGAGAACCGGGCGCUGGACGAGCGGUACUGCAAGAAGGGCAUCCCGCUAGCCGACUACAGGGACGCCGACAACACUCCCAACAUCGCCUGAGGAGACCGAGGAAAAUAAGCAAACAAACAAACAGGGCGACGGCCAGUUCAUGCCAGGGGAGCAGAAAGAAAUAAAUUAUGAGUGAGGACGUUUAUCUGUGUUGGUGAAUACCAUUAAUGGCAUUAUUGCAACAUUUCUUCCAACACAGCGAAUUUCAGGUCAGACUUGCCGAAAUUUACAUCAAACGUUAACCUUCCGUCUUCUUCUAUGGUUGCUAAACCUGGACAUGUAAUGGACGGAAAAUGUGGUUUGAAGUCGGUAUCGUCCCCCGACCCUCCUAAAUAAAGGGCUAACGUUGUGGAAGUGAACGAUGUUUGCCACAGUUACAAACGCGUUAAAAACUCGCCAGCAUUCUGAAAUCGAUCUGGCUACUUCAAAAUAAGGCGAUCAAGCCUCAAUCAAAUACUAUUUGUUAUGAGGUCUGCAAAAUAUUUUCAUUUUCAGAGACCAACAAUUUCAGUAAAUGACAAAUGAUGUUAAUGAUUUUAAUCGACGUUUCAUCACAUUUUAAAUCCAGGACUUCCAAAGUCAACUUUUAGUUCUUUUAUCCUUACGAUGUUUACUAGACAAAGAUGAAAGUAUGCCAUAACUGUCCUACGCGACCUACCAGAUCAUGGCAUUCGCCUGUUGUACAUAGCCAUAGCUUUACUGAUAGGAAACAAGAUGUGACAAGUUCUCACAAUAUUUUGUACUAAUAUAUAAUCUUUCAACCAAGCGCUGUAAAUAAACUUGCCGUAGAAAGUGUUUAAAAUAGCGACUGUAGAACUGUAAGUACCGUUUAGUCUAAGUUAUUGGGACGAAAUAUUGAAUGUACGUUUGUUUUAUCAUAUUUGGUCAAAUUAAAUUAUUCCGUAAUGCCCCGUGUUGCCUGAACUUAAUCGGUAACGACGUGGUCACAUUUGUUGUACGAUGUUGUAGCCUGGUGUCCAGUCUUCGUGGUGAAGCUAAUCAAUCUCCCGUCGUGAAAAACCUAUAGCUACCGGGGAAUCUAGCUGAGUCGGGCGGGGAAGAGCUCCUGCAGCCCCGAACAAAACCCGCCCCAACCACGAUAGACUGGACACCGGGCUAACAUUGUCGACGCGCAGCUCUGUUAUGUUUCCCCAUAUUACAGGAAUCAUGCCGGUCGCUGAUUUUAGAAAAC